ACAAGGCAGGGUGGUAUCAGACGUCAUUCAUCGGUAUUGACUGAGAGGGGUGUGCUGUGUUGCAAGAGGUUUUGCUGUAAUGAGAUCUGAGCAUUUGCUGCAGGAUAAUGCAGCAUGCCCCUGCUCUGCAGCAAACUAGGAACUCUGAUGGUCCUGCAGGCAGCUGGCUCCCUCCCGUGUGAUAUGUAGUCUGUUACUUAUAGCUGAAGAAAAGUUGCGCUACUGCAUUCCUCUACCGGUUCUGUAAGCAUAUUCCAAUCCCAGAGGUAUUUCAGCCCCGUCUUCUUAUUAGCUGAGCGCAGGUGGCUUGUGGGAAGAACAAGUGCAGAGAGGUUUCUAAACAGCAGGACCGAGACGAGGGUUGCGCCACUUUUCUGCUGAUCUCUCCAUAAAUUGUAUUUUUUUGUAAAACUAGUAUUGGGUUCACCUGGUUUAACUGCUUUAAGGAGGGAGGCUGAUGACUAACACCUGGUCCCCACAUGUAACCAACUUAACGCUCUUUUCACUCGUCUUGUAAGACUAGUAUAAGCCGUGAUGUGCUAAAAUAGUCCGAGUCUGCAAUAAGUGGAAAAAAUCCUGCAGGCUGAUUUUGAUUGUGGAAGACCGAAGAUGGACAGGAAAUCAUUGAAGGAGUGUCUCUGCUGGUUUUAUUACCAGUACCUUCUGAUCACAUGUUGCUAUGUCUUAGAACCCUGGGAACAAGCAGUCUUCAAUGCUGUAAUGUUCACUGUCAUCGCAAUGGUUGUGUACACGGCUUAUGUCUUCAUCCCCGUUCACAUCCGCUUAGCUCUGGAAUUUUUCUCUGGUAUAUUUGGUGAGCAACCAGAAAGUACUGUUGCAAUUCUGAGCUGACUAGUGGAACUUGAAUAAUGUGCUUAUUACAUUUAAGACUUAAUAUGCAUUCUGAAGCCCUUCCAGCCAACCACUCCAACAACUUUAGCUGUUCUUUUUUUAAUGCUACAAGCAAUAUGCAUAUCUUUUUAACUGUGAUUUUUGGUAUUAACAUAUUUAAAUGUAUUUAAAAUAGCCAUGUUAUAUAUGUGUAUAUAUUUGCUCAUCAUUUACUUGUAUGUUCUGUUGGCUUUUCUGGCUUGGGAAAUUGUUGCACUAGUGUGGAGAGGUGGGAAGAUGUCUUCCGGUACAAGUAUUAAUAUCUGUGUUUAAACUGAAUCCUGUUAAAAUAAAAUUUGGAGAAAGCAAAACAUAAAAUGUUGCCUUUUGCAGAGCACAUUUGCACACUGCUUCCACCUGUUCUACUUUGACGUGGAGAGAAUUAGAGGAGUGUUUUUUGUUGGAAAAUGGCUCAAAUUUUUCUAGUAAGUUUUUUUCAUAUAUUGUUAAAAUUUUAACUGCUAUCUUGCAUGGACACCUUAUAGCAGAUUUUGAGUAUUAGUUUGUCAUGUGCAUUUUAAAUGUACAGCAGAAAACUUUUUGACAUAAAUGCUCAUCCAAAAAGGAAGUGCUACUUUGAUGUGCUUCAGACUUUUGUUGUCAUGUUACUGGUUACUGGAAGUUUACAGUUUUUUUUUUUUCUGGUUUGAACCCUCUUCUUUUUCAUGACAGGUUUUGUAUUCAACUGGCUUAGUCUGCUUUGUAAAAUGACAAGGAAAUGGGUAGCCUUUCUUUUCUCAGCAGAUCACCUGACUGUGCCACUGAUGUAAUGCAUCACAUAGAUUUGUUUUUCUAGAGCAGCAUUCUGUAAUAUGUCCCUAAUCAUUCUUCUGCAUAGGAUUUCAGAAUCAGAGGUUUUGUCCUCUGUUUUGUUGCACCACUGUGCAUGCAUUAAAAUUGCCACCUUUUUGUGGCCUCCUGGAAAUUGUAGUGCAUGUCUACUAAAAUGCUAUGCAAACGGACACGGCCAUCUGAUUUACUUGCUGUUUUCCUUUCUUUACAACUGUAAUAAAUGUUUAUAAAGAAUAAAAUUCAAUUUCUUAUAUUA